CUUAGGCCAUGCGCUGAUAUAAGCACGCCCACCUCCACAGGGUUUAAGCGGCGUAUGAACUUCCGUGCAGGGUGGACUCUUGCCAUCGGAAGAUUUCACCCAUACAUCUUGGUCAAUCUUCUUCUCCACUAGGUAAUCUUCUUCGAACCAUCAUCAUCUUUGCAAGCAUGUCGUCACCAAAGAUCUUAGAUUUCAAAUGUGCUUUGAUCACAGGAGGAGCAGGCGGAUUGGGAUAUGCAAUGGCAGAAUACUUUAUCAGUUUAGGUAAAAAAGUUAUCAUCGUCGGAAGAACGGAAGAAAAGUUAAAAGAAGCAAGUCCAAAACUCAAAAAUGCUCCUUAUUACCCCUUAGAUACGGGAAAAGUAUCUGAACUUAAACCGAUCGUCGAAAAGAUUACAAAAGAACAUCCUGAAUUGGAUUGUUUGAUCAAUAAUGCAGGCGUUCAAAGACCUUUGGACGUGGUCAAUAUGGACCUGGAAAAAGCCGAUAAUGAAAUCGAUAUUAAUAUUCGUGGUCCCGUUCAUCUUGCAACACUUUUGUUACCACAUCUAUCUAAACAAAAAGUGGGCGUGAUCAUCAACGUUUCUUCCGUCUUGGGUUUCAUUCCUUACAGUGUCAUCAAUCCGGUUUAUAACGGUACCAAAUCUUUCAUUCAUUCCUGGUCGGUUGUUCAACGUAAACAAAUCUCAUUAGCAUACCCAAACAUGCGUGUUGUAGAGAUUGUUCCUCCUUCUGUUGGAACGGAUUUGCAUCGUGAACGUGAAAAUCCAGAUGACAACAAGAAACAUCUUGGUGCUUCAUCUUCUUUAACGAUUGAAGAAUUCAUGGAUGACGUUAGUAAAGGAUUUGAAAAUGAUCAAAAUGAAAUCGGUGCUGGACCAGCACAUGCAGCUAUCGCUGAUUGGCACGAAAAGUUUGGCUCCAAGUUUGACAAAGCAACCGCUGAAUUCAAGAGAAAGUGAGGCGCAUAUACUGUAUAGAGCAUAUAAAGUCAUGAAACAGACAGAAGUUCAAUCUUAUCCUUUCGCCGCUUUAGACUUGUAUAGAAUUAGAUUCUUUUAAGAAAAAAAGAGCGAUAAGAACACCAUGAAACAAGGAAAAGGCAAAAAGAAAAAAGAAGAUGAAACAAUGUAUAGGGAAAAUUGCUGUACAUUGAGAAGGGGCGGCGUAGAGAAAUAUGAGUGAAACAAGAGCAAGGAUACGCUUUGAACAAAAGGAA